AUAUCGGCAGUACCAUGGAUCAAGACACCAUAAAGCAGGAGUGGAACGAGGAGCAGACCCGGCUGCGGAAGCUGCUUGUCCAGGACGACAGUGCGCUGGAUUUCAGCUUCAGUCCAGCGACCAAUGAGUUUGGCGGAUUAAGAUAUGUCGGCGGUGUAGAUAUCAGCUAUCCACGCAACCACCCUGAUCGUGCGGCUGCAUCCCUGGUGGUCGUUGAGUACCCGUCGCUGCAAGUAGUGUACGAAGCAUUCAAGGAAGUCCAGAUUACCGUGCCAUACAUUGCCGGCUACCUGGCUUUCCGUGAGAUGGAGGCAUACCGCGAGCUGUUUGCACAGCUCAAGGCCGAGCAACCUCAGCUAUCCCCGCAGAUAGUCUUGGUUGACGGCAACGGGACUUUACACCCGCGCCGGUUUGGUUCUGCCUGCCAUUUGGGCGUGGGCCUUGGGAUUCCAACAAUUGGUGUGGCCAAGAAUUUUCUGCACAUUGACGACCUAGAUGCCGACGCCCGCUCACUGAAAAGCAUGUUUCAGGGCGAUCCAAGCCUGACACAAGUCGAGAUGGUCGGGGCCUCGGGCAUCUACGGCAUGGCAGUUGCGCCGCCUGGCGCUGCGACCAACCCGAUAUUCGUUUCUGUCGGCCACCGUGUGUCGCUGGCAACAGCGGUGUGCCUUGUGCGUGCCUGCUCGCUGCACCGGAUCCCCGAGCCGAUACGCAUUGCUGACCUGCACUCGCGCGUAAUCUCCCGCCAAAUCGAAGCUGCGGCCUGAGCCAUAUUCUGCCACAGCCUUUCUAAACCCCUCGCCACCAAUA